AACCCCCGUUCGUUAUUAGAUAUUAUAGUUAAAAAAUCGAAAUCGUACGCGCAGACGGACAACUGUCGAGAGCAGCAGAGCUGAGAACAAGAAGCAGCAGCAGUCCGCGUAGAGUUGUGUAACACGGCAACGUGAACGUGUAAUAGAAUUGGAAUUGGAAUUGGUUUUGGUCUUUUGUGCGCUUAAAAACAGAGACAGAAACACAGCAGGCAUUUAAGCAUGGCGCUCGAUAUUGAAGCAAAAAAUGCAAAUGCAGCGGCGACUGGCGAUGCUGGCGCUGGCAAGGCCAAAGCCAAGGAGAACAAGAACACCAACAACAACAAUAAUGCAGCCGGCGAAAAGAACUUGGUCAAUGGCAGCAGCAGUGCCGCAUCGAAGAAGAAAGGCAAAAAGAAUCGCAACAAAAGCCCGCUUCAAGACGCUGCCGACGGCGCCACAACGCUGAGCAAUGGCCACGCUGAAGUCAAUGGCGAGGCCGGCAGCGAUGCCAAUGCAAAUGUGCUGGAGAGCGACAAGGAGAAGUCGCCAACAGAGGGACAAGCUGCAGCCGAUGCUGAUGCUGGUGCAACUAGCGAGGAAUUUGAUUUAGAUUUGAUGCAUGACAUGGGCAUUACGGUAAACAUAAGCAGCCCAGGCACAGAUGUGCUGUCAGUUCAAUUGUCCAGCAUGGAAUUGGUGCAGGAAAUACAUCAGUUGCUCAUGGAUCGCGAGGAGACUUGCCACAGAACCUGCUUCUCGCUGCAGCUCGAUAGUGUCACACUGGACAAUUUCGCUGAGCUAAAGACCAUUGAGAAUUUGGAGCAGGGUUCCACAAUCCGCGUGGUCGAGGAGCCAUACACAAUGCGUGAGGCACGCAUACAUGUGCGCCAUGUGCGUGAUCUGCUCAAGAAUUUGGAUCCAGCAGAUGCCUACAAUGGCAUUGAUUGCACCUCGCUUACCUAUCUGAAUACGGUUACCCAGGGCGACUUGCUGGACAAGAAGCGCACACGUCCCGAUUCCGUUGAUUGCACCCCACCCGAGUAUGUGACACCUGGCGUACGUGAACCACCAUUGCUGCCGCUGCAUCCAAACAUUAAGAAUGCCAAGGGACCACAGGCGCUGAAGGUGCUGACCACAUCCGCUUGGAAUCCACCACCUGGUCCACGCAAACUGCAUGGCGAUCUCAUGUAUUUGUAUGUGGUCACAAUGGAGGACAAACGUUUUCACAUUUCCGCCUGCUCCAAGGGCUUCUACAUCAACCAGUCCACCGAUGAUAACUUCAAUCCAAAGCCCGACAAUCCAAGCCAUCUGAGUCAUUCGCUUAUCGACUUGCUGUCGCAUAUCUCGCCCUCGUUCCGCCGUGCCUUCCAGGCCAUACAGAAGCGUCGCACCAUGCGCCACGCCUUUGAGCGUGUGGCUACGCCCUAUCAGGUGUAUCAGUGGUCAGCGCCCCUGCUGGAGCACACUGUUGAUGCCAUACGUGCCGAGGAUGCCUUUAGCUCUAAGCUUGGUAAGAAUGUGUCUAAUUGUAAUUGCUGCUGUUAUCCUUACAGCUAUGAAGAGCACAUUCCUGGACAGACGCGUGACUGGAACGAGGAACUGCAGACAACACGUGAACUGCCAAGGAAGACACUGCCAGAGCGUUUGCUGCGCGAGCGCGCCAUAUUCAAAGUACAUGGAGAUUUUGUCACAGCUGCCACACGUGGCGCCAUGGCUGUCAUCGAUGGCAAUGUGCUGGCCAUAAAUCCGGGAGAGGAUGCCAAGAUGCAAAUGUUCAUAUGGAACAAUAUAUUCUUCUCGCUGGGCUUCGAUGUGCGCGAUCACUACAAGGAGCUGGGCGGCGAUUAUGCAGCCUUUGUGGCGCCACGCUAUGAUCUGCAUGGUGUGCGCGUCUACAAUGCUGUGGACAUUGAAGGACUCUAUACGCUGGGUACAGUGGUCAUUGAUUAUCGUGGCUACCGCGUCACUGCCCAGUCGAUUAUACCCGGCAUCUUGGAGCGCGAGCAGGAGCAGUCGGUGGUCUAUGGUUCCAUAGACUUUGGCAAGACUGUGCUGAGCCAUCCAAAGUACUUGGAGCUGUUGAGUCAGGCUGGCAAACAUCUCAAGAUCUUGCCGCAUUCCGUGCUCAACGAGCGCGAUGAACCCGUCGAGCUGUGCUCCAGCGUUGAAUGCAAGGGCAUCAUUGGCAACGAUGGACGCCAUUAUAUCCUCGAUUUGUUGCGCACUUUCCCGCCAGAUGUGAACUUUUUGAAGCUGCAGGAUGUGCAGCUGAGCAAGGAGCUCGGCGAGAUGGGUUAUCCCGUUGAGCAUCGCCACAAAUUGUGCUGCCUGCGUCAGGAGCUGCUGGAAGCUUUUAUUGAGGAUCGCUAUGUGACCUUCAUACGCACUGCUGCAGUGCAUCUGCAGCAGCUGAAUGCCAAGAAACAGGCAGAGACACAAGCACUGCCAGAGCAGGAGAAGAAGGAAGAGGAGAAGGAGCAGCCCAAGCCAGAUGUUAAGGAGGAGCAAAAGCCAAAGGAAAAUGCGCCCACUGCCAGCGACACCAAAACUGCCGAGGCAAUGGUGAAUGCCAUACGCGAGGCACAGACCAAUGUGGCCACCUCCAAUGAGCUGCAAGCUGCAGAAGUAGUGAAGCGCGCCUGCGCUGCCGUUGGCUCGCUCAAGGAGAAGGAGUUUGAUUUCCGCUUUAAUCCGGAUGUCUUCUCGCCAGGCAUACGUCAUCAUGAAUCAGCUGAGACCGGCUUGCAGUCGCUGGCCAAGCAGAAGCGUCUGGUGCAGGAUGCUGCCGAGUUUCUGGUGCUCAAGCAGAUUCCCUCUUUCGUCAAGGAGCACAUGGCGCACUCUUCGCCACCCAUUGAUGGCCAGAGUCUCACCGAGUCGCUGCACAGUCAUGGCAUCAAUGUGCGCUAUCUGGGCAAGGUGAUUAAAAUGCUGUCGCAGAUGCCACGCAUGGACUAUCUGCAUCGCAUUGCCAUUCUGGAGCUGAUAGUGCGUGCCACCAAGCAUAUUUAUUACACUUAUAUGCAGAGCACCGAGCCACUGCAUCUGUCGGCGGCCAUAAGUCAUUUCCUCAACUGUCUGCUGACCACGGGUCCCGUCAAUGCGGCUGUCAGCAGCGAGGAUGCGCACAAGAAGCAAACACGCAGCGCAGGCGGCAAGCAUAACAAGCACAAGGCGGCCAAGGCCAACAAGGCGCAAGCGGCACAAAAUGGCAACGCUGCCUCCACAGGCGUUAGCAGCGCCAGCAGCAACAGCAGCGCUGCCACCACAAGCAACAAUCUUGACUGGACGCUGUUCACGCCACGUUCGCUUUGGCAGCAGAUACGCAAAGAAGCCAAAUCCUAUUGGAACUGGGAGCUGGACUGCGACUCCAUUGAGACCGCUGUCAGCAAAUAUGGACUGUCGCGCAUUAGUUUGCUGCGCGCCUUUUGCCUCAAGGUGGGCAUCCAGGUGCUGCUGCGCGAAUAUAACUUUGAGUCCAAGCACAAGCCCACCUUUGGCGAUGAGGAUAUUGUCAAUGUGUUCCCCGUCGUGAAGCACAUUAGUCCACGCGCCACAGAUGCGUAUAACUUCUAUACCACAGGCCAGGCCAAGAUCCAACAGGGUCUCUUCAAAGAGGGCUACGAGCUCAUUAGCGAGGCUCUCAAUCUGCUGAACAAUGUCUUUGGUGCCAUGCAUCAGGAGAAUGGCUCCUGUCUGCGCAUGCUAGCGCGUCUUAGCUAUCUGCUGGGUGAUGCCUCCGAUGCUUUGGCUAUCCAACAACGUGCUGUCAUCAUGAGCGAGCGCGUCAAUGGCAUUGAUCAUCCUUCAACUAUUUUGGAAUAUACACACUUGUCGCUCUACUCGUUUGCCAAUGGUCAUGUGGGCAUGUCCUUGAAGCUGCUCUAUCGUGCACGCUAUCUGCUUGUGCUCAUCUGCGGCGAGGAUCAUCCCGAGAUAGCCCUCAUUGAUAGCAACAUUAGCUUGAUAUUGCACGCUUUGGGCGAAUACGAGCUAUCGCUGCGUUUUAUUGAGCACGCUCUAAAGCUCAACUUGAAAUACUUUGGCAACAAGGCCAUGCAUCUGGCCGUCAGCUAUCAUCUGAUGGCACGCACACAGUCCUGCAUGGGCGACUUCCGUUCAGCGCUCAACAAUGAGAAGGAAACUUACUCCAUUUACAAAUCACAGUUGGGUGAGAAGCACGAGAAGACGCGCGAGUCGGCCGAGUGCCUGCGUUUGUUAACCCAUGAGGCCGUCGCUUUGCAGCGCAAAAUGAAUGAUAUUUACACUAAUGGCAAGCUGACCAGCGAUCUGCCGCCUAUACAUAUAACGCCGCCUUCCAUGGGCUCUGUGCUGGAAAUGUUGAACACAAUCAAUGGCAUACUCUUUGUGCAUAUCAGCCAAAAGGACAUUGUCAAGGUGCGCAGCGAGAUUGAAAAGCAUUUGAAGACAGACGAGGAUGACAGCGAAAUCAACGAUGCACUCAAAACAAUUGCAGCCGCUGCCUCGAAUGGUGAGGAGAUCGCAGCAACAGAGCAUACACCGCUAACAAAUGGCAGCGAUGAAGCGACAACGGUUUCAAGUUGAAUUGACAGCCUCAAGCAAACGCCAUAAGCUGCACCAACAACAGCAAGCUAAAUAUAAUAAUACUUUUUAACAACAUACAUAAGUCACAAAAUUAUCAGAUGUCCAAUGUUUUGAGAACUGAGCUAAAGUGGACAACAGUAAAGUGUUUUAAUAUAGCACUACAAUAACAUCAACACACAACACAACAACAACAAGUGAAACCUAAACAACAAAGAAUAAAAACAUAAAUUCUUUUAUGUUAACUUUUUUAUAAAGGCUGCUCUUGUACUGCUCAUUAAUAUACAUAUAUAAAUGCAGUCCAUAAGUGGCAAGCAAAAUAUUUAGUUAUAGUCAAAAAAAAAAACAAACAAAGCAGUAAGAAGCAACAAACUGCGUAACAUCAUCAAGUAGAAAACAAAAUACUAAUUUUGUUAAAAAAA